UAUGUAUUUCUUUUCUUUUCCUUAUGUUUAUGUAUAUAGCGUGAGUUAUUGCGAAUAUUUUUUUCAUUUUAAAUUAUUUCGUAACAUACACUUGCACCUAUUGUAAUACAAACGGUAAUAUUGUUCACGUUUUCACAUUGAUUACAUACUACUAAAAAUAUAUAACUACAACUUUUUAAAAACAAAAACAAUAAUAAGUAGUGAAGUUGUACGGAAUGGGCUAGAAGUUAACGAAACGGUAUUAAUAACUGACAGCCCAUCUUGUAUUUGUAUGAUAUGUUAAAAUCGUACAGUACAUAAUAUAAAAGUUACGUUUAUAAAUUUUAGAAAUAUUCUUUAAAUGCCGGUAUUACGCGAUAAUUUUAAUUUUUUCUUUUUUCUUUUAUAUACGAAAAGCGGUACAGCAUCGAACAAAAUAGGCUUUCUUAGGGUAACUGACGUUACAGGGGAAACAAAAAUUCUCAAAAUCAUAAUUUCGACGAUAUUAAUCUUAAAAGUCAUUGAGAAAAAUAGGAGAAUAUAAUUUUGAAUUAUUGAAUAUAAAAUUGAGUAUAUGAACAAUACUCAAAUUUUCCCGCGUGAACGUUUGUACCUAAGCGGGGUGGGGGGCACUAACCCUUAAAUGUAUCCACUGCAUCGUCAUUCCCCUCGGAUCGCCGGAGGAGAGGUUGGUAUCUUGUGGACCUCGAACCCGGAGAAACCUACGUUUACUACAUGUUCGAUGUUGUACAAUUAUUUUUUCAUAUGUGUAUGUACCACGUAUUAUAGUACAAUCACAAUGGCAAAAUAAACAUAGUAAGAAAUGUUGAAAGUAAUACCAGCUUUAAACGUUUCGUAAACUCGUUGCAAUUAAAAGACUUUGUUUGAUAGAGCAGAAGGCACUCGUUUUCAAGGCAAAAAUUCAAGACCUCUUGAUACCAAAGACAUGUCCAGUCUUGUUAAAUUUGUAGUCACUGCCUGAUAGUUAAUAAUGAACUUUCUAUAAAAAUGCCUCCUAUACGCGCACGUGCAUAUGUAUGUAUUGUAAAUUACAUGUCCAUUUAAGUUUCUAGAAAGCACGUUGUUAUAUUCUCCAUAUGUCACGUGACACGGCCAUGCGUCUCUUGUGCAACAUGGCGACCGGCAAAGGACUGGCAAUAGUUUUUCGACCAAAGACUAUUAAUUUAAUCAACAAUAAUAAUUUAAAUAAAUUCUCGUGUGAUAUUAUACAAAGAUGUCGAACAUGUCACCGAUCUAUUACAACAGUAGUAUGGAGUGUCGGCAAGUGGGACUCAAGGAAAAUAGAAAAAUGUAUAAUAGGAAAUUUAACUCAACCUCAAAGAGGCAUACACGUAACUAGCAAACUCUUAAAACGUAAUUAUUAUGAAAUAUUGGGUGUAUCCAAGAAUGCUUCAGCAAAGGAUAUUAAAAAGGCUUAUUAUCAGUUGGCUAAAAAGUAUCACCCUGAUACAAAUAAAGGAGAUCCAGAUGCUAGUAAAAAGUUUCAAGAAGUUUCUGAAGCUUACGAAGUACUAAGCGAUGACACUAAAAGGAAAGAAUAUGAUACAUGGGGAUCAACAUCGGAACAAAUGGGAAUGGGACAAGGCGGAGGUGGGGGAGGUGGUGGUCGUGCCAAAGACUUUAGCCAAAGUUGGCAUUUCAGAUCAUCGGUAAAUCCGGAGGACUUAUUUAGAAAAAUAUUUGGAGAUGCUGCCUUUCAAAGCGGUACUUUCGGUGAUUUUGAAGACUUUGCUGAAUCAAAGCUUGGUUUUGGUGCAGCGCAAGAGGUUGUUAUGAAUUUAACAUUUUCUCAAGCUGCCAGAGGAGUGAAUAAAGAUGUCCAGUUAAACGUAUUAGACACUUGCCCAAAAUGUUUAGGGUCGAGAUGCGAGCCGGGAACGAAAGCAGUUAGAUGCCAAUAUUGUAAUGGAACUGGAAUGGAAACGAUUAGUACUGGUCCCUUUGUGAUGCGUUCUACGUGCCGUUACUGUCAUGGUACCAGAAUGUUUAUUAAAUUCCCAUGUACCGAAUGCGAAGGAAAGGGACAAUCGAUACAACGCAAAAAAGUGACAGUCCCAGUUCCAGCUGGUGUUGAAGAUGGUCAAACAAUUCGAAUGGCUGUGGGUAACAAAGAAGUAUUUAUAACAUUCCGGGUGGAAAAGUCAAAAUACUUUCGAAGAGAUGGUCCAGAUAUACACACAGAUGCUCAAAUUUCGAUAUCACAAGCGAUACUUGGUGGUACAAUCAGAAUAGAAGGUGUUUACGAGGAUCACACAAUACAAAUUCGACCCGGUACUUCGUCCCAUACUAAAAUUCGACUUAGUGGUAAAGGAAUAAAAAAAGUGGAUGGCACAGGAUACGGAGAUCAUUACGUGAACAUUAAAAUUGCUGUACCUGGAAAAUUAAAUGAUAAACAGUUAGCAUUGCUCCAAGCUUACGCUGAACUUGAAGAAGACACCCCUGGAAGUAUACAUGGCAUAACGUUCAAAACAGAUGGUUCGAAGCAAAGUUAUACCGGUCCUUUGCACUUGGUGGAAUCUAUACGAAUAGCAUUGGGAGACAAAAAUGUUUGCAAUAGCCAGUGUUCAACUUCUGAACCUCAAGGUCCAGAAGAUCAACCCCUUAAUAAGACCAGAAUAAAGAACACUCGUAGGAGUGAUGAAGACGAUGACACACAUCGAAGACGAGAAGUGUCUUAAAGUUUUAGUUUAAUCGUUAGAGGUUUCUCAUUAGAAUUAGUCCUUUGUAACAUCUAUAAAAGAAGUAAAGUCAAAGUAAAAGCAAAUAAUUGGUGUACAACAAGAUUUAAUAUAUUGACAUUACAAAUGUUAUUUACAUUUAAA